AUGGCAAAACAGAGAUUUGUGUCAUCGGGUCUGACCGUCGUGUUCAACGUCGAACCCGACGACUAUCCCAGCUGGUCCAGCGCCAUCAACUACGGCGCGGUGGUACGGCCAAGGUCAGCGGGCCUUACCGUCAUGUUCAACGUCGAACCCGACGAUUAUCCCAGCUGGUCCCCUGCCAUCAACUACGGCGCGCUGAUUAUUAUAAAUGAUCCAAAUGACUUCCCAGAAACGUCUUCACGGGACACGUAUGUGACUAUAGGUACAUCCGUGGACAUAAAGGUGGAGCCAAGAGUGUACCAGAGCGAGGCGGGUGUACGACACGCGUCACCCGCGCACCGCGCCUGCUGGUUCCAUGAUGAGGUGGUGCUGGAACACACGGAUCGCUACAGCUACGAGACAUGCGUCACCGAGUGCGUAAUGGCCAACUUCAUCGCCGAAUGUGGCUGCACGCCCUACAAGUACCCCCGAGGUUAUGUGUCCUACCGGUUCUGCGAGUUAGGAGACUUACCGUGCACGUAUAAUGUGACAGUAUACGGCAAAAGAGUACCCUGCGAUCCGCCCUGCUAUGUUGAGUGCCGCGAUAAGCGCUACGCUAUAAGUAAAAAUACCCUGCCGUUCCAUGCUUCGGACUACCCCAAACUCAACACGAAAGAUGUAAACGUGAACCACCUCGCGUCAAUCAAAGUGUAUUUCGGCAAGUCUUCGUGCAGCUGCUACAAGCUGGCGUUGCUGAUGGACGUCAACUACUUCAUUGCAACUUACGGAGGCGUGCUCGGCUUAAGUUUUGGAGCAUCAUUAGUAACUGCAGCAGAAUUAGUAUAUUUAUUAGUUACUGCGAUCUCUGAAAAAAUAUAUCUUAUUAGAAAAAGGGGAAAGCCGGAAAACAUGACCAAAGUUUUUCCCAAACGCACAUAA